AUUGUGUUGGCGCUGUCUGCUUUUGCGAUGUUUCUUGCAGGCAUCUGUGUGGAUAUCUACCGGCCGCGAAAUUAAACGUUGUCUGUGUCCAGCCGCCAAAUCUAAUCAUGGUACAGCUAGUGGGACCCUUGCGUAAAGAACUCGCCGACUCGCUUUCGUCCUGUCGGGUGUUAGUUGUCGGAGCAGGGGGCAUUGGUUGCGAGCUGCUGAAAAAUCUUGUCCUCACCGGCUUCAAAAACAUUGAAGUGAUUGACCUGGACACGAUCGAUGUCAGCAAUCUGAACAGACAGUUCCUCUUUCAGAAGAACCAUGUGGGCAAGUCCAAAGCGCAGGUUGCCAAAGAAAGUGUGCUGCGGUUCUGUCCCUCUGCCAACAUAACAGCCUACCAUGACAGCGUAAUGAACCCAGAUUACAAUGUGGAAUUCUUCAGGAAUUUCCAGCUUGUCAUGAAUGCCCUGGACAACAGAGCGGCCCGGAAUCACGUGAACAGGAUGUGUUUGGCCGCAGACAUUCCUCUGAUAGAGAGUGGGACAGCGGGCUACCUGGGUCAGGUCACUGUCAUCAAGAAGGGCAUGACGGAGUGCUAUGAGUGUCAGCCCAAGCCUACUCAGAAGACCUUCCCUGGGUGCACCAUCCGCAACACUCCCUCUGAGCCCAUCCACUGCAUUGUGUGGGCCAAAUACCUCUUCAAUCAGCUCUUUGGAGAGGAGGAUGCGGAUCAGGAGGUGUCCCCUGACACAGCCGACCCCGAGGCUGCCUGGAAUCCUGAAGAAACUGCAGCACGAGCCUCAGCUUCAGAUCAGGAUGGUGAUAUCAAACGCGUUUCCACCAAAGACUGGGCACGUUCCACAGGCUAUGACCCCGUCAAACUCUUCAACAAGCUGUUUAAAGAUGACAUUAUGUACCUGCUGACCAUGGAUAAGCUUUGGAAGAAGAGGAAAGCUCCUGUGCCAUUGGACUGGGCCGAGGUCCAUCAGCUCGGAAGGUCUCAGGAUGACAUGUGUGGUGCAGGACUGAAGGACCAGCAAGUGCUCAGUGUGGGGGGAUACUCACAGCUGUUCCAGCGCAGUGUGGAGACCCUUCGUGCGCAGCUCAAAGAAAAGGGAGACAGCGCCGAACUUGUCUGGGACAAGGACGACCCUCCAGCGAUGGACUUUGUGACUGCCGCUGCCAACCUGCGCAUGCACAUCUUCAGUAUGAACAUGAAGAGCCGCUUUGAUGUCAAAUCCAUGGCAGGAAACAUCAUCCCUGCGAUCGCCACCACUAAUGCAGUUAUCGCAGGUCUCAUUGUCCUGGAGGCUCUGAAGAUCCUGAACUCCGACUUCCAGCAAUGCCGUACAAUCUUCCUGAACAAGCAGCCAAACCCCCGCAAGAAACUACUGGUUCCAUGUGCUCUGGACCGGCCCAACCCGAACUGCUAUGUGUGCGCCAGCAAACCCGAAGUCACAGUCAAACUCUGUGUGCAUAAAACUAUCGUCCAGACUCUGCAAGACAAGAUACUGAAGGAGAAGUUUGGCAUGGUGGCGCCAGACGUGCAGAUCGAAGACGGCAAAGGGACUAUCUUAAUCUCCUCAGAGGAAGGAGAAACGGAAGCAAACAACGGCAAGUUUUUGUCAGACUUUGGGAUACGGAAUGGUAGCCGUCUUCAAGCUGAUGACUUCCUUCAGGAUUACACACUUCUGGUCAAUGUACUCCACUGUGAAGAGUUGCCAAGGGAUGUAGAGUUUGAGGUAGUGGGUGAUGCCCCUGAGAAGGCUCCACCCCCAAGUGUUCCAGAGGAAGAGAAGAGCAUCACCAAUGGGAACAAAGACUCCGCCCAACCAUCUACCUCGACUAAAGCUGAAGCUGAGGAUGACGACAUCCUCAUCGUAGACUCUGAUGAAGAACCUUCCUCCAGCACAACGGACGUUUCCAUGGAAACUGGCAGCCUAAAGAGGAAGUUGCAGGAUGCAGAAACGGGCGAGACGGCGUCCAAGCGCAAACGCCUCGACCAGCAACCAGCUGCUGAGGACGACGACGAUGACGACGACAUCAUCGCUCUAGACUAGCAAGUCCUCUGGACCUCUUUUUUUCCCCCCCAGAGAAACAUUUGUUGUAUUUUCAUACUGUUCCCAUUACCAACCAUGUGUAAAUAUAUCUGUACAAAAACUGC